ACAGAGUCCAACCAUGGCCCGCGCCACUUGCGACGAGUGCCCGGGGAGAUGUCCCCCAAGGAGGAGAAACGGAAGAAUCAGAUCGUUCUGGAUUCAGAUGAGGAAGGAGCUGUGCCAAGGAGGCCAAAAGGCGGCGGCGCCACCACGGCCACCAUGGCCACCGCGGCCACCACGGCUUCGCCUCCCGAGGAUCUACCAGAGCCUCAGAGUGAGAGCCUCUUAGAGAACCAGGAGGACCGGCUGAACUUGGAACGCGCGGCGAGCGCGUUUCUACGGAACAGAGGCUACGUCAUCGAAGAUGCCCACAGUGACGUAGCUUUGAAAGUCCAACAUCGCUGCCGUGCCUUCCACAAAGUUGCGCAGUGGGCAAGCUCCACCGUGCCUCCAGUUCUCGACGAACUGCUCUCCGCCCUUGGACCUCUAGCCUCAGUGGUCUCCACUGAACUGACACGAGUGGAGGGCGAAGGCAGUGCGAAGCGCUUCAAUGCCAGGUACCAGGAUCUCUUGCGUCGAGACCGGCGGCGGGCCAAGAGCGACAGCAGCGAGGGCAAACGCGAAGUCUUCAUGUCGCAGCUGUCGCAUCACCUGCUUUUAAGCUACCUUGGGCGUCCAGACAUGACGAGUUUGCUGGAUAUCUUCUUUGAUACCGUGCGUGUGAAGCACGAGCAGCAGCCCACCAGCUCAGCUCUCUUCUGCGAAACGGCUCUCACUGUGUCCGCGGAUGACAAGUCAAAGAAGAGAAAAACCACGUCCUCCAAGACAGUGCCGCUACCCUCCAAGCCUACAGCAGUCCAGGAUGAGUUGCAUCGUCCGGCCUCCAUCGUUUCGCUGCUGCUUGACACAGCUCCGGAGGUCCCGGUGCAUGUGGGAAGCAUCUCCGAUGACCAACGCUUCUGUGCCGCGGGGUGCGAUCGUGAUGUGAGGAUCUUCCAUGCUGACUCUCGUUGGGGCCCUUCCUUAGACUCCACGGUGGGACUGAAAGGUCAGCGGCUAGGGUGCCACGGCGGCCGUGUGCUGUCAACGGCUUUUUCCCCAAACUCCGAACUCCUUCUAAGCGGAGGACAAGAUGGAUGCAUCCAGCUGUGGAAUACGCGCAGCAGCACUUUGGCAUUGUCCUACCGACAGGCGGAUCCUGUGUGGUGUGUGGACUGGGCGCCAUUGGGGCACUACUUCGUAACUUCGGGGAAGGAUGGUGAGGCUCUUCUUUGGAGCGCAGCCCGCAGCGGCGAGCCCCUAAGGGUUUAUGGAGCCGCCGGACCUGAAGUUCAAGCCUUGAGGGUUCAGACCGAUGGUAGACGUGUGGUCACAGCUCAUUGCGAUAGUUUCAUCUUCUGGGACUUGGCCUCAGCGCUUCCCACGCGUAUCCUGCGCGAGGCCACGACCCCAAGGAAGGCCGCAGCGGCAGUGACGUGCCUGGCGUUCUCCCGGGAUGGCCAUAUGUUGGCUGCUGGCCACGCCGAUGGCAGGUUGACUCUGCUGGACCUCCGCGCGCUGCGCACGGGCGAGAAAGGCGCCUCCUCGACCCAUGCGGCGCACCGAGGUGCAGUGCAGGCGCUGUGCUGGAGCAAGGCGAAGACCAAGCAAAACAACGAUGUGCUCUUCUCAUCCUCCGGAUCUCACUUGCUGAUGCGGGAACUCUCUGGGUUUCACGGCUGCAAAGGUUUCGCCAAGUUCAGAAAACCGAUGUCAAGCUCGCCAUGGACCACGUGCUUUGCUGCCACGCGACCGUCGGGCAUACCUUGGUCCUAGGGACAUCACUCUGAGGAUUAUCCUGAGAAUUUGAACUUG